UCCAGGAAAACCUCUUGGCAUUGCAACAAUGCAGGGAAAUCAGCAGAGACUGCCUGCCGAGAACCGACCACGGUGGCUGGGCUGAAUUCAGUGAACAGAUGGCACCAUUCCAGCUGGGAAGGUGUCUAUAUAUGGACAGACUCCCACGUUCGCCCACUGCAAAACCUUUGGAAGCCCUUUGGCCUCCGAACUGCCCAACAGUUGCCCCUGCCUGUAAUAUUGCGAGAGAAAGGCAAGCAAGUGGUUCAGAAUGCUCCAGUCCCUUCCUUGCAUUGCGGCGCUCUUCGUAGGAUCCGCCCUGGCAGGCGCCUACCCUCCAGAUGCUGUCGACAAGCUAGCCGAGGAGAGCAUGUCAAAGCUGAAGGACUACCUAGCAAAGAAUCCCCAGGGUGGAUGCACGUUGGAGACGGCCGUAAAGCGCAAAGAAUGGAGCGACCUCGCGGAUAAAGAACGACAAGAAUACACAUCCGCCGUCUUGUGCUUGAUGGGCAAGCCCGGGCUGAUGACUGCCCAAGCUCCGGGAGCGAAGAGCAGAUUCGAUGACUAUGUUGCCGUCCACAUCCAGCAAACGCCAAGGAACCAUGGCUCUGACCCAGCCAACUCGCCCCUGUUCAACGGCAACGAGUCGAGCAUGAGCGGGAAUGGUGCGAAGGUCGCUCACCAAGGAAUUCCCAUCCCCGGCGCACCAAGGCCGUACAAUCUGAUUCCUGCAGCCGACGGUGGAGGCUGCGUGACGACGGGGCCGUUCAAGAACAUGUCCGUCAAUCUCGGGCCAAUUGCGCCGACCCUCCAAGUCAAGGCGAACCCGCGGUCGGACGGGCUCGGAUACAACCCGCGGUGCCUGCGGCGCGACGUCAACAAGAACUCGGCGGCGGUCACGACGGCGAACUACACCCUCGACCUCAUCACAAAGAACAACAAUGUGUACUGGUUCCAGACGGUCAUGGAGGGCCAGUUCCCGCAGGGCAAAUGGGGCGUGCAUGCCGGCGGGCACUACACGGUAGGCGGCGAUCCGGCAGGCGAUUUCUACGUCUCCCCCGGAGAUCCGGCGUUCUGGUUGCACCACGCCAUGAUCGACCGCGUGUGGUGGAUUUGGCAGCUGCAGGACCUCGCCAAGCGCCUCACCGAGGUCAGCAUGACGCGAACCAUGAACAACAUGCCGCCAAGCGCCAACGGGACGCUGGAUGACCUCAGCAACCUGGGUGUCAUGGCGCCUGAUGUCAAAGUCCGCGAGCUGAUGACCACUAUGGGUGGGCUGGGAGGCAAGCUCUGUUACAUUUACGUCUGA